AUGAUUUUCCCCCAAACUAUCGUUUCCCUCGUUACUGCCCCAAUUACUCAAAAUGUGGCUUUAAUUAGAAUAUCCGGCCCCCAAACUUACCCAAUUAUUCGGAAAAUUUUUUUUGGUUCCUUACCUACUUAUCCCCAAAAAGAAAAAAAGUUAGUUUUUGGCAAGAUUAUUAAUCUCCAAAAAGAAAUUGUUGAUGAGGUUUUGCUCCUUUGUUUUUAUAAACCUAAUUCUUUUACUGGCGAGGACGUGGUGGAAAUUAGUUGUCAUGGUAAUUUGUUUAUUGUUAAUCAAAUACUCCAAUUAAUUUUAGAAAAUGGGGCAGAAUUAGCCAAAGAAGGUGAAUUUACCAAACAAGCCUUUUUUAACGGUAAACUCAAUUUAGUUCAAGCCAACGCAGUAAAUGAUUUAAUUCGGGCUCCCAGUUUAGCGGCGGCCAAAUUAGCCCUACAUAAUUUAAGUUCAGAAACUCAACAAGAAUUAGAACGGGUUGAAAAUAAAUUACUAGAAAUUAUUGCUAACAUUAAAGUUAACAUUGAUUAUCCCGAAUAUGACGGAGUGGAGUAUUUAACCGGUAAACAAGUUUUACCACCACUAAGUAAGCUAACGGAAAAAUUGAAGAUAAUUAAGGAAGACGGCGGCAAGGCUCGUGUUUACCAAGAAGGCUUAAAAGUUGCCAUCGUGGGAAAACCCAACGUUGGCAAAUCCACUCUUUUAAAUUCUUUGGUAGGGGAAGAAAAAGCCAUAGUGUCGCCUAUUGCUGGCACUACUCGCGAUGUAGUAGAAGCCCGUUAUAGUCUGAACGGCAUACCCUUAACCUUACUGGAUACGGCUGGCAUUCACCCAACCCAAGAUAUCGUAGAAAAAAUUGGUGUAGAAAGAAGUUACCAAGUUUUGGCAACAGCCGACAUUAUCUUUUUCCUAGUAGAUAAUUCAGAUUUUUGA